GGACGGUUUUGCACGGGGGCGGACACAACUGCAUACGCAAAUUAUGUCCGGGCGGACACAAUUGCAUGCAGCAGUGUCAGGGAUAACACGACUGCAUAUGCAAAACCGUCCCGCGGACAUUAUUGCAUGUGCAAUAAUGUCCUCCGGAUAAUUGCAUAGAGGACAUAAUUGCGUGCGAUACCGGCUCGGAUGGCCGGAGCCGGGCCAGGGGCCGAAGCCAAAUUAUUCACUUGACUUUGUUCUUUGUUCUUUAUUGAGUGGGGUUAGACUUAAUUUCAAGUCUGAGACUCAUAACCACAGUCUCAGAGACUGGUUAUUUCUCCGCCCGCAGAUUUGCUAACGCUGAGUGAUCGUCGGCUAUUAUGACGGAGGUUAUCCACAAGAGGGCGCUGUUUCAGAUAAUAAAUGUACCGGCUAUCAUUGCAUAACAUGUUCCGUUCCAACUUGACAAUCUGAAUCGUCCCAACUAUAGUUUUCUUUGGGGGGGGGGGGGGGGGGGCGGAACAGACUCAUAUCAAAUGCAUGAACCACUAGCUGCACAACCUGCUCCAUCCAUGCAUGUUCCAUGCAAAGGGCUAUAGCUCUGCUCCGUUACGUGGCUCAACCCUUGAGUUAGGUCCCGAAGUAGAAAUCUGAAUGAAAAUAAUUUGGCGAGAUGGAAAAUCACCAAACUACCGAGUCAGCAGGAGGCCAAGUCCGAAUGAUGUUGUGGGGAACACCUCGAUCAGUCUCAACCGUGUUCGCCAAGUUCAUGAGCUUCAUCGACGACUCGCAGAUCUAUUUCGAGCCCUAUCUCUGUGCUCGUUGGUUCGGGCCCGACUCCACCAUGUUUCCUGAAAAUCUGGCCAUGGCGAGGGAAGCUGUCAAGGCAGCAUCAGUGGUGACCUCGGUGACCGAGGGAUUCGAGAGAUCUGAGUGUUCUUUCAGUUGGGUCAAGAAGCAGCUAGAAAAACCACACGCCGGUAAGAAGCUCAUCUUCUGCAAGGAAAUGUGCUUCGCUCCUGAAGGUAAUUACGCGUCUCUCCCAGUUGGUUACCAUCACGUGUUCCUCCUGCGACAUCCUCUUAAAGUCUUCCCGUCUUGGAAGAAAAUCUACCCAUUUGGGGAAGGUAAAGACUUCAAACUUGAUGAGGCACCCCCGGUGUUUUUCCCGACUGGCUUUGCCUUCAAGGAGAUGAGUGAGUUACUGGAUCAUGUGAAGACGGCGCUCGAUCCAGAGCCUAUUAUUGUAGACACAGAUGACCUUCUUAGUAAUCCUCAAGGCAUCUUAUCAGAGCUCUUUAAGAAGUUGGGUUUACCUUUUCAAGAUAAGUACCUGCAAUGGGAAGAUGGAGGUGAAAUAUCCAAGAAGUGGAUAAUAUGCAAAACCUUUCUGCAGGGGCAAGUCGUUUGGGACUACUACAAGAAUGCCUUUGGGAGCACCUGUUUCACGAAACCGAGUCCAUUGCCCGAGCGUUCCUCGUUGACUGCUGACAUUCUUCGUUGUGUUGAUGCUUCCAUGCCGUAUUAUGACAAAAUGUUCGCUCAACGUUUAACUCUACAGAAGUAGAACAGAUCAAGAGUAAAAGUGGGAAACCGUUCUGAAAUAAUAUAUUAUAAUUAUCAAAUGAAAUUCAAAUUUAUGAUGUUUUUUAAUUGUAGAACUUCUAUAGGUUUGGUGAGUUGACAAAAAGGUAAACAGGAACUUUUGUAAAAAGAACUUGUGUUGUGGUACUUUUGAAAUAAACUUAUUUCUUUGGCCAGAGUCCAAAAAGUUAUACAAAUUUUUAACAUGUAAAGUAAUCCCACUGGCAACUGAAUAAAUCGGCAGACAAUUGAUUAAAUCCCAACCACUGUUUUUACCUUGAAAUAACAAAUUUAAUUUGUUUUUUUAGUCAAAGAAAAUAUAAGGAGCUGUUGUAAACGGCUUAUAACCCCCAAAACAUAUAAAUGGGAAAUAUUCAUAUAUACUAAAAUAGUUAAUGGUCUAGGUUUCGUCUGUCAUAUAUACUAAAAUAGUUAAUGGUCUAGGUUUCAUCUGUAGAACAGUCUUUCUCUUAAUUUAAAGACAAAUUUAAGGACAACUCAACGCUUGGAAUUAACAGGUCCAACAAAAUAAGGUUUCGCCUUUGUCCGAUAAACCAGGAUUGGACAUAAUAUUUGUAUGUGUUUAAAAUCAUGGAGCUUAAC